UAAAUUUAUAUAUAGUGGUUUAUUAUAUAUAGCAGAAACGACAAGUUGAAUCUAGUAUAAGCACUGGAGUAUACUGCCAUUUAUUUUCUUAAAUGGGAAAAGUACUUUAUGUAUUAAACUUAAUGUAAACAUCCUGUGUGAUGUUGCAAUAUUAAGAGACCUGUUGCCUUGAACUUGCCUCAUGCUGAUCCUCAGCUCAUCAGCUGACUCUUGCAAUCAUAUUUAAACUAUGGAGGUAGAGAAGUCGGCACCCUCCAGCCACUUUCCUGACCAACAUUUGCCUGUGGAAUUUCAUGAAAUAAAUACAGAGCUCUGUGAGGAAAGAGUGACAUACUCAGAAGUGCGCUUUCCUUUUUCUUCAAAUAUACAGAAGAGAAAACAAACUAAGACUUUGAAGAAAAAAGAGUCUCAGUGGUGCCUUGCUGCCGUGGUGUUUGCUCUCCUUUAUUUAAUUGCUCUGGUGAUAGCUGCAGUUAUGAUAGCAAAGGUUCGUCAACAACAAGAGAUCCUGAAUGAUAUGCAAGCCAAUGUGAAAAAAUGUAUGUGCUCCAUCUCUGAAGAAAACUGAUAUUUUAUGCCUCCUGAAAAUAAAAUCUUGGCAUCAAAGAAAUUGUUCUGAAGCACUGAGCUCCAGUCCUAUCAAGAAAAAUAUCAAAGAUGAAUUAGAAAUGGAUGUCAUGAUAUUCAUUCUUAUUAUUCUUACAUUUAUAUAAUUAUAAAUAGGAAUUUUUAGUAUCUUAUGUUUAUAAAUAGGAAUUUUUAGUAUCUUAUGUUCAUUCUAAAAAAAUUUUUUUUUUAUGUUCAUUCAAGCAUGUUAAGCUCAAUGUAUAAAUUGGAGAAAAUCUCUUAAUCAAGCUCAAUAGCUGAAAAUACAACCUUAAGAAUGACCAUGUGACUUUUAAUUGUAAAUAUUUGUAUAUAGAGGUAAAUGCAAAUAUAUAAGAAUUUGGGACCUUUAUAAAUAAAUUUGAUGCCAACAAAUAGCUAAUAUUGAUUGUUUGCUUCUGAUAUUCCUGACACUGCUUCAGUGACUUAUUUGUAUUAACUCAUGUACUCCCCAAUAAUCCUAUGAGACAAGCAAUAUUAUCACGGUCAUAUCAAUAAGAAAAGGAGAAAAUUUUCCAACAUUGCAUAGCUAGUAAGAAUUCAAACCAAGAAUUAAGCCAAGGUAAUCCUAAAAAAAAUUU